UCCACAAGCAGCAGCAUGGCCAUCACGAUCGUGACCAGUGUCGACCAGUACAACAAACUUAUCAUAUCGCCGGCCCUAACCGUGGCGUUGUUUUCCGCUGACUGGGCGGAACAGUGCAAGCAGAUUCUCACGGUGAUGACGGAACUGGCCAAGCAGUUUUCCGCGGUUCAGUUCGUGGACGUUCCGGCGGAUGAACUGUUCGAGGUGGUGCUCAAGCACCAGAUCGAUGCCGUUACGACGGUGAACUUCUUCCAGGUGGGAAAGGCCGUUGAUCGAAUUGAUGGUGUGGACAUUGCCGCGCUGACGACCAAGUGUCGAAAGCUGGCCGGAGCAGCAACAUCAGUUGGUGGAGGUGUCAAGGAACCGCUUGAGGAUUGGCUAAAGGCGCACAUCAACCGCGCAAACGUAAUGAUCUUCAUGAAGGGUGGCCGCGACACACAUAAAAAUUGA